GUUGUGUGGAAAAAAUACUUCCUUUUAUUUGUUUUAAACCUGCUGCCUAUUAACCCUCUGUAGUCUCCAUACAAUACCCGGGUUUAAAACUAUAUCGAUCAUGGUCAAAGAAAUCUAAGGACUCUGCCCCCCUACCUUCUUGAUAACCUUUCCCAUUAAAGGGAAUUAGAGAUUUGACAUUAAUUAGUUUGACUAUCAAUGCCCAGAGAUAGUUUAUUGAAUAAGAGCCCAACAGUUACUUUUUGGCAGAAAUAAACAAGCAGAGAUUACAUCAAAUUUUCCUCUCCCACAUGGAUGGAAUCAGUGAAGGUAUGAAGGACUAUUUCUUCCCUUCACUCCUUCUGCCACAACUUCCGUCGAGCUGCAAAAUGAAAGGAGCAGUAAAAAUGAAAAAAUCUUUCCUAGUUGUUCUCCCUCUCACUUUUGAUAGCCACAAGAACUCCCUUCCCCCAUUUGUACUAUUCUCCCCCGUCCUGGGAAGCUGUGGAAGGCUGGAUGACAUGAGUGAGGGGAGGAGGCUGGGACUUGAAGUGUGUAUGAGAGAAUAUAAGGGAGAUGUCCACCAUGUCAAGAAUUAGAAAAGGGUCUUAUUUACUCCAUCCAUCUUUGACUCCUCUCUUUCUUGCUCCACCGAUCUAGGCCAUGUCCAAAUCUUGCCACUUCUUCCUCUAUAACAUCUAUAAGAUCUGGCUUUUUUCUCUCUCCAUGUAACUAAACUCUUUUCCAAGCAUUUAUCCUCUACUGAAUUAAUCAGUGCAACCGCUUCUCCUUUGAGCUCCCCACAUCCAUAUCACCCCCUCCAGUCCAUUCAGUACCUAACUACUAACAUCAUCUUGCUUAGCUGUUCCUCUGAUCACAAUCUCUCUGAAUCCCUCCAUUGACUCUCCCAUUUCUACCACGUUAAAUUCAAGUUUGCCUGAACCUACAAGGACCUUCACACUGCUUCCACUCCUUAUCCAUUUGCUAUAUAUAUUCUCACAUCAGUGAUCCACUAAUGAUGCAAAUCUCAACUGUCCAUUACUUGCACAAGCAUCUACAUGCUUUCUUCCAUACCAUCCUCUUAUGCAUGUAAUACAGUCUUAGGGUAGAGGCCUGACAGCCCAAUUUCAACACUCACUUCUAUAAUGAAGUCUAUAGGAAAUUGUCGAUAGUGGCUAGGUAGAGAGCCAAUAGGGAUCGAUGAUUAUAUAUAUAUAUAAAAUAUGGGUUGCUGUCUCUGAACCCUGUUAAUGUUACAUAACAUUUCCCAUUAGAACACUGUAUUUUCAAUUGUUUAUAACUUUUCCAAAGUUUAAAUAACUCAGGUUGACUCUUUCCAUGUCUGGACUCUGCCUCACAUGUUUUUUUUUCCUCAGCAAAAACAAUUCAGCCAUAGUCAAAAAUAGUCAGAGAAAAAUAGGUAGUUUUAACAAUAAUUCAUUUUCUUGACCAGUUUUUAAGGAGCUCUUGUGCCUUGUGGAUUGGGAGCAGGAACCCGAAAUUUGGCAGGGGGUUGUCCUAGGAUUAGGGAGGUGCCUUUUGCUGUUCCUGUGAAAAUCCAUUCAGAUUUGGCCAAGUUAUAAACCACAGGCUUGCUACUAAAAUAUCUGAAGAUUCCAUCUGCACUGAGUGUGCUUGCCAGCCUCACUGAGCCUCCUGUAGCAACCACACAGACCAGAGUGGACUCUCUGGAUGGGACAGACAGUUGCAGCCUAUGUAGAUGCAGGAUCUCAUAAUUACUCUCUCCCUUUCUAAUUUCUCCCUCUUGUUGUCCUGCUCUUAGUAAUCAUUAUUUUUCUUGUCUUAAAUAGAUUAUAAGCUCUUUGGGACAGGAAUUGUCUACUUAUAUGAUUGCACAAGGACCAGAACAAUGGUGUGUUCUGCUGAUUGGGGCGUUGAGAGAGAUUUUGAAGGGGAAACAAUCUUCCCUCAGCUCCUCUGCCAGCUUUGCAACUAAUCUUGGCUCAUCUAAAAGACUUUCCUCCUGAGACGAAUGCUGGUUGGCCUUGCUCUUGUUUAAGGAAUUUUGUUUUCAUCUGUAAGUGCUGAAAAUCAUCAGAUUAUCAUGGCAUCCAGUCCUCAGACCUCCAGUGGAGAUAGCUAAUUACCAGCACUACAAAAAGCUUAGAAAAGUUGUUCUGAAAAUGGGAGAGUCUGAUACUUUGACUCCAAAAGGAGAGAGACUUUGCUCUGUCUCCGAAGACUUGGGCUGUAGACGUGGAGAGUUCAGUAGAAAGCAUUAUGGAUCUGUGGAGCUGCUUAUAUCUAGUGAUGCUGAUGGAGCCAUUCAAAGAGCUGGACGUUUCCGAGUGGAAAACGGAUCGUCUGAUGAGAAUGCAGAUUUCACCCCAGGUACAUGGCGCAGAACAGAUGUGCACUUGGAAAACCCAGAGUACCACACCAGAUGGUAUUUCAAAUAUUUUCUAGGAAAAGUUCAUCAGAAUUACAUAGGUACAGAUGCAGAGAAGAACCCUUUUUUUCUGUCUGUCGUGCUCUCCAACCAAAACAAUCAACGUGUCCCUCAAUACCGCUCAAUUCUCUGGAAAAAAACAGGUACUCAGAAAAUAUGCCUCCCUUACAGUCCCACGAAAACGUUAUCAGUGAAAUCUAUUUUAAGUGCCAUGAAUCUUGACAAAUUUGAAAAAAGCCCUAGGGAAAUUCCUCACCCUGAGAUACAAAAGGAUUUACUGGUUCUUGAAGAGCAAGAGGGCUGUGUAAAUUUUAAGUUUGGAGUUCUUUAUGCCAAAGAUGGUCAACUUACAGAUGAUGAAAUGUUCAGCAAUGAAACUGGAAGUGACAGCUUUCAAAGAUUAUUGAAUCUUUUGGGUGACACAAUUACACUGAAGGGCUGGACAGGCUACAGAGGAGGCCUGGACACUAAAAAUGAUACAACAGGAAUAUAUUCCAUAUACACAGUGUAUCAAGGGCAUGAGAUUAUGUUCCAUGUUUCAACCAUGUUACCAUAUUCUAAAGAGAACAAGCAGCAAGUAGAAAGGAAGCGUCAUAUUGGAAAUGACAUUGUCACUAUCGUGUUCCAGGAAGGGGAAGAAUCUUCUCCAGCAUUUAAGCCUUCCAUGAUUCGCUCUCAUUUUACACAUAUUUUUGCCUUAGUGAGAUAUAAUAAGCAAAAUGAUAGUUACAGGCUGAAAAUAUUUUCCGAAGAAAGUGUACCUCUCUUUGGGCCUCCCCUUCCAUCUCCACCUGUGUUCACAGAUCACCAGGAAUUCAGGGACUUUGUACUAGUGAAGUUAAUAAAUGGGGAAAAAGCCACCUUGGAAACCCCAACAUUUGCUCAGAAACGGCAGCGCACUCUAGACAUGCUGAUUCGUUCUUUAUACCAGGACCUCAUGCCUGAUCUACACAAGAACAUGCUUAAUAGGAGGUCGUUUAGUGACGUGUUACCAGAAUCCCCUAGAUCAGCAAGGAAGAAAGAGGAGGCCCGUCAAGCAGAAUUUGUCCGACUUGGUCAGGCACUGAAACUGAAAACCAUUGUGAGAGGAGAUGCCCUAACUAGUUCAGCAACCACAAGCCUCUAUAGAAAGGAGCCAUGGGAGUCCCAAUGUUUCUGCAGUAAUUUUCCUCAUGAAGUUGUUUGUGCGGAUUCUUGGGGCCAGUCCUUGCUAGUUUCUACAGAUGUUGGUGUCCUGCUAAUAGAUGAUGGCCAGUCAUCAGUGCAAGUAUUUGAUAAAACUCUCCAGGUGAAACAGAUGCAUGUGCUGGAAGCUUUGGACCUUUUGAUUACUAGAGCAGACAAAGGGAAGGACUCUCGUCUCCUUGUCUUCAGGAUGAGCGCUGUACGAAAUGGCAUAGAAGCAAAGCAGAUGGCAAAGAGCAAAUAUGACUGCAGAGAAAAUAAACUUGAGAAAACAAAAGGCUGCCAUUUGUAUGCCAUUAAUACUCACCACAGCAGUGAACUGAGGAUUGUUGUGGCUAUUAGAAACAAACUACUCCUCAUCACAAAGAAAUACAAUCAAGGCAACAGUUUAACCAGUGUCUGUUUGAUGUCAUCACUGUCUGAAUCACCAGUGGAGGAAUUCCAGUACAUCAGGGAGAUUUGUCUCUCUGACCCUCCAGUGAUCAUGACUCUGGUGGAUGGACCUACUGGAGACAAUGACAAUAUGAUCUGUGUAGCAUAUCGGCAUCAGUUUGAUUUAGUUAACGAGAGUACUGGAGAGUCCUACAGGUUACAUCAUGUUGAAGCAAGCAGGGUUAAUUUUGUUGCAGCUAUUGAUGUAUAUGAAGAUGGUGAAGCUGGUCUACUGUUGUGUUAUAACUAUGUUUGCUACUACAGAAAGGUAUGCCCCUAUAAUGGGGGUUCUCCUUUGGUCCAGACAUCGGCAUCAGACUUCCACUUUAGUUGGAACCAGGUUCCUUAUGCUAUUGUUUGUGCUUUCCCUUAUAUCCUGGCCUUCACUACUGAUUCCAUAGAGAUACGAUUAGUGGUGAAUGGGAACCUAGUCCACACAGCUGUGGUGCCUGAACUUCAACUUGUUGCAUCAAGGUCAGAUAUUUAUUUUAAAGCUACUGCAACAGUAAGUGGAUCAUCCAAUAGCAGUUCCAAGGAAACCAGUUCAAACAGUUCUCCUCAGACUCCAACAGCUCAUGAAAUGCCAGAAUUUCCUUCUUCCUCAGCGGAAGGUGAAGUUCAGUAUAAAAACUUAUACAAAAUUCCUCUGAGUAACCUGGCUGGGAGGAGCAUUGAACGACCUCUGAAGUCACCAUUAAUCCCCAAGGCCAUCAUCACCUCAACGUCUAGUGUUACUGCCUCAGCUCCUGUCAGUCACUCAUUAUCUUUGUCUCGUAUGGAAAUUAAAGAAAUUGCAAGCAGGACACGCAAAGAACUGCUGGGCCUCUUGGAUGAGAAAGUUCCCAAAUCAGAAGUAGCACAGAAGCAAAAGAAGGUUCCUCGAAAACCAUCAGACCACAAGCAGGGAGCAAUAAGGUCAACAAGCAGUGACAGGAUAAUUUCAAGCUCUUUUGAAAGCAGUUCUGAAGGGCGUCACCUUUCCACUAGUUCAGAUCCUGAUACUGCAGCAAACCGGGAGGAGAGCCCACCAUCUAGCAGUCCAUUUCAUCUCACUACUUCCUUUGAUGAAGACAUCAUUGACUUGAACCAGGAUCAUCUGUCCCUGAAGUGGUACCGUUCUAUUAUAAUGUUUACUGAAGAACCAAGGAUAUUCUAUGAAGAUCAGAAUUCUGAAAUCCAUCAGUAAUGGCAGCAUCAGGUGGCUCCCAGAUAAUAUCACCAAGCAAGAUAAGAAGGGCUGAGAGGAGCACAGACAGAAGUUGGAUAUUGAAGGAGACAAAUACUGGCAAUAAGGUGCAGAUUUUUAAUAGUUAUGGUAAUUAACUGAUCAAACAACCUACUGAGGGAUGUGGUGGCUUCUCCAUCACUUGGUGGCUUUAAAUCAAGAUUGGACAUAUUUCUAAAAGAUAUGCUCUAACUUCACCAGAAGUUACUGAGUUUGAUGCAGGAAUCAUUUGGUGAAAUUCUAUAGCUUGUGUUAUUCAGGAAGUCAUAAUAGUCUUUUCUGCCCUUAAAAAUCUAUGAAUUGUAUAAUUCUGAUAGCACCAGAUCACAGGAAAAUGACCUGCAUUUGUCCAGGAAAUGUGGACUGAGUGCCCUAACAAGUAUCUCUUGUCUAUAAUUUCUGUGAUUCAGUGAUUAAUCAGUAUGUCUUGGCAAAUGUAGGGAGAACAGCAAAAUAGCCAAGGGGAACCGAAAAAGGGCUGGUGGGAUCAGAUAGGCUGUGUGGGGCACAGAAUGAGUAUCCACAUAUCCAGGAGAGAGAGAGAGAGUGAGUGUGUAUGUGCGCGCGCGCGCGCAAGAGAGCACACACGGGAAUAUGGGGGAGAGAAGAGUCAGAGAGGAGGUCAUAGUGUAAAAUACAGUAGUUAUAAUGUCAAAUAGUUGGCUUUCCAUAGCCAGUAUCCUAGAUCCUUCCCAAUCAGGUUACAGGCCAGUAUUUGAAAUAGAAAUAGUAUUGGAGAUGCUGAUGGAUGAUCUCUUGCCCUGCAUGGAUAAAUGGCAAAUGUCCAUACACAUAGGAUACUCUGCUGCCUGAGAGAGGUAUCAGGGGCUCCAGAGAAAUGAAAAUGGCUUCUUUGAGGGAUGUAGUGAUGGGUAACUGCACUUGUGCCACCUGGAUCCUCACUUAUGAAGUUUUCUCCCUUUGCCUUUUUAGUUGCUGAGAAUUUGCAAGAUGUUUUGAGUGCACAUUUUAGCACUAUACAACUAAGCCAACUCCUCCUGCCUGUCACAACCUGAGACCCAGCUGUCUCAGUGCCUGGCCAAGACCAGCACAUGAAUGAGAAAAAGCUGGUUGAAAUUACAACCGAGCAAGACUGGGAUUAUGCUGGUAGGUAGAGGGGAACAACUGAAAAACCAAAACACUGUCCAUCAGUGGAGGCAUGCCCUGUGUAGCUCAAAAGCUUGUCUCACUCACCAACAAAAGUUGGUCCAAUAACAGAUAUUACCUCACCCACCUUGUCUCUCAAAUGAUCAAGACAGAUCACAGCUGAAGGGCUCUUCCAGGCUCCUCGCUGAUGCUGAACUCUCCCUUGAGUAUCUGCAAGAAACUUACUUUGCCCCCUGGGACUGGCAAUGGGACUACAGCACAUCCUGGCCGAUAGAAUUAGCCUUGCUCAUACACAUAGUCUUUACUACUUCACUUGUUUUAUAGGAAUAUAACUUACAUGAGUUGAAAGCACAAAGCCUGAAAAAAAUAUAGUUGGUCAGAAUACAGCUGUGUCUUACCUCAGCAGCCUGGGUUACUGAGAGCAAAUUGUCACUGCAUUCCACUUACUCCACAGGCUCCCUAUAGAAUGUUGAGUCAUAUUUAAGGACAGCUACUUAAGGGACCUUGACUACCCUUGUCAGCUCUGCUCCUCAGGAACAAUGGAACUAUGCCCACCUCAUGGAGCAAGCUCCUGUGUGAUGAGGCAGGCCUUUCCCAUGGCUGGCCAAAGAAUUUGUGCCUUACUUCUGGGGGAAUUUUGCACCACUACAAUGCAGAAUUUUGCAGAAAUUAAUGUUGGGCGUACAGAAUUUCCUCCCCCCACCCCCACCCCCAGAAAUGGGCAGCAGAGAUAUUGGCCACCACUAGGGGCCACUAGAUCCCAUAGAGCCCAGCUCACAAAGAGAAGACAAGGCUGGGGAGUGAGGGGGAAAAACUGGAGGGUUCCCAGCAGCUGCAGUGCCCAGCAUGUCCUGAAAGGAGGUUGGGGGUGCACAGGAAACUCAGAAUCUGUUUUCCCCUCUGGAUCCCUGGACUCUAGGAGGGUGGAGUCUGUCAGUGUCUAGGCAGGGGGAGGGCCCCACAGCUGGCCUCUGAGGGGGUAGGAGGUGUGAGUGU